AUGGUGAGAGCUGGUCGGAGCCCUCUCCUCUCUCUCACACCCACUCUGCAGGUGCAGGCACCCUGGGGAGCAGUUGCUGAGAAGUUCAUGGUUCUGUAACUCUGUGGCCAGUGCUCGGUGCCCUCUGUAAUCUCUUACACAUUGCGUAGGCUGCGUGGAUCAUGCUGGUUCUCCUCGUCCUCUGUUUCUGCAUCACCUGCACCAUCCAAAUACCAGAGAACUCCGGGAAUAUCACUGAGAAUACUGAAGGUAACACAACAUUGACCUGUGAGUACGUUAUCUCCGAGCGGAACUCAGCGAAGUUCAAUGUUACUUUUAGCAAUGACCAAUCAUGGCUGACGCUGGAGGUGUACACGUUGAUUCUGAAACUAAACACCUCAAUUCCACCGUCUCUACUACUCCCAGCAGAUGGAAACAGCGUGAGACCCCAGAUUUAUUCCUGCUCAGCGGACAACAGGGGCAGCACAGUACCCGCAGACCUAAACAUUACAGCGUUUGACCCCGGAGAGGAUGUGAGGGUUUCCUGCAAUGCCACUAAACACUGGACAAGCCUGUCGUGGUCUAGAGACGGAGAGGUCAUUGCUGUGGUGAGAAGAGGGUGGUGCCCAAUGGACAUUGAGGCGCUGGGGAAUGAGUCAUUCCUCUUUAUCAGCGACAUCACCAUACCGGAGUUUGGGAAAGAUUUCUGCCCUAGUGAAGGAUGGCUGAACAUCACCUGCAGCAUAUCAGUCCUCCAGGUCACUGCGACAGGUUUUCAGGUAUUUCUGGAGGAGAGAUACUGGAUCAUUGUGGUGACUGUGCUGGGCUACGUGCUGUUUUGCUUGUUGAUCAUGUGGAUCUACCGGUGCAUUAGACGCAAGAGAAGAUCCAAGGAACGGGUUAAAGCCAGUUUCAUCAAGGCCAACGCUUCCAGGAACCUGUACGUUGAGUCCCUCAACCAGGAUCCAGACGCCAACCUGAAGAUGCAAGAACUCACCUAUCAGAACGUCACUGAGACUUUGUCUAAAAACACCAACAACCACGGUGAUUCAGAUAAGAGUUCCUUCCUGGACCAGUCUUUCGAUGGUUCUUAUAUGGAGCCGGAUGGAGGGGAUCAGCUGUCCGAUGAUGGGGACUGCUAUGAGAACGCCUGCGAAGAGAUAAAAGAUGGCUCAGUGGGCUCGGUGUCAUAUGAAGACAUGAAUGGAUCCAUCUGUGUAGGAGAUACAGGCGAGACACCUGGAGACGGGGUCACAGGCUCAGAGUCGUAUGAAGACAUGCAGGGAUCCAUCUGUAUAGGAAAUGAAAGCGCGAUGCCUUGCGUUGAAGAGAUAACGCAGGAGGACGAUGCCGAUUCCUAUGAGAACAUGCAGACUCCAGUGUGUUCCCAACUAAAUCCCGCCCUGAAGUCCCAGAACAAACCAGACGAGGAGAAGUUCAAGGACAGGCCACCAUGCCAGCACCAAUGGAAUGGGACCAUGGAGCUUAGCCAACAAAGCGGAGAUUUUUACAUAUCCUAUGAAAGCAAAAAGCUAUGAGAGAAUCCGAAGAAAGGCGCACCCCAAAUUUCCCGGACAGAACGCUAAAUCCGGUACCGUAAUUUGAAAUCGCCAACUUAAAUUACAAGAAGACUGUAGCAUUUGUGCUAACAAUGGCUUCUUCAUCACUAAGACAACAUCCGGUGUUAUGUCUGCCCAGAGCACCUUACACGGCAAAAUGGCUGCUUGGGUCAUGUGACUCACCUCUGCCAAUCACUAACUCUGUUUCCUGAGGACCAUUCGACCACACACUGUGCCGUUCAUCGGUUGCAACGUGGUCAUUUAUGGGGUUCCUGUAAUGCUAAAUCGGGAGAAGUGACAGCGAUGAUUCGUGAAAUAAUGACUUCCCACUGAAACAGGCCGAAACCACUCAACAAAAUUUGCCACACCGAGAACCUUCUUGUUUUACCAUCUGAAUAUUAUUAUUUCAGUUCUAGACUUUGCAAUUAUAUCACAACUUAAAUAACUAUUACUGACAUUUUGGUUUAUAUAGACCAGUACUUACCUGUGACACUCGGAGGAGAUAAGGGCUUGGCGGCUACAGCGUGGGGAAUAGCAGUAUCGGAUCAUGUCGUGUUUAAAAACUUUUCAGUCCCCAGUUUUUACAAAUCAUUAUUCCCGGGUUCUAGAGCGGUCAGACAAUGAUCCUACCAAGCAAAUAGUCCAGGACAUCGCACAGAUAUCCGGUCAGUGCCGCAGAGCUGACAUUUUACAUUAUAAGAAGGAAAAGAAGCGAAGAAGCAUCCAGCUAUGGAAAGAUCACAAGACUCGCACCUUGCCCCGGGAACGGUGAUCGCCCCGUUUUCCAUGGGCAGUCCCCGGAAGUCUCUGCCCCUGUAUAAAGACUGACCUACUGUACCGUAUGUUCUUAUAUUGUAUCCUGUAAGUCGUUCAAUGUGAACAGAGCUGUAAUAUGAUGAUCAGUAAAUGGGACAUGGGACUGGGGCCGUGGAAACACUACCCAGCAAUGGUGUCUCUGAUAUCUAUGGUGAUGGGAUGGGUAAGAGACUCCGAGCUCCCUCAAUACCCCCCCACGGUGCAUUUAUAUAUCAGAUAUAGGACAGGCAGCCAGUGGCUGUCAGGGCAUGCUGGGACUUCUACUUCUACAAGUCAGAGCUACACAGAUUGUGAACCACCGGUCUGGAAAUACGACCUGGUAACUUGUACUGCAGUGUUUCAUCACUUAGGGAACUAGUUAUUUGUAGCUGGAUAACUGCUAGAGGGGUGAAUGUAUAAUGUGCCUGAUCUGUUAGAGGGGUGCGUCGUAGUCCCCCCAAUAACGUGCAGCUUUUAAAUACUGCUGGCCAGUAGGGGGGCCCCAUGCAGGUCAUAUUUGCCUACUUUUUGGACGUUCCCUCUGAAACAUUCCAAAGUGGUGGUUCAGGGGCUGAUGUGGGGCAAGUACACUAUUACGGCCUCAGCACCCUGCAGCGUAAUGACGUAGCCGGAUCACCGUGCAGCAGGGAGCUGCAGAGGCGCGAGUUGCACAAUGAUGCAAAUUGCAUCCUUGCGCAGGAAAGUCGGGGCCUGAUGAUGUUCCAUGCCAUCAAUGCCCCUGUCUCAUCCUGCAGAGCUCGCAAGGAAGAGAAGCGGGAUUCCGGAGAAUGGCCUCCGGUGAUGAAGAGAUGGAGUCUCCUGGACAUUCCGGGAGAGUUGCUAAGUACCCAAUGGCAAGUAUGAUGCAAGUGAGAGUGGGCAUUUGCCUGUAUGCUUGCAAUAAUACUUGACCUCUAACCCUUGCAGUAACACAGAUGCACGCUCUGCACCAAAUGCUAAAUCAUCCGCUCAGUGUUAAUCAUUUUUAUUCAUCUGUUCUCACAGUCCCUCUGCUGAUUUAUGUUCAUAAAAGCCAGAUUUCAAUAUUCUUGGUAUAUUCUAUUACAUUACUUGUUUUCUGAAUGUGUAAAU